AAAUAAUUGCCGCGACGCAGCGUGCAGUGUUCGUUUUCACUUCCAAUGCUUCCAAAGGUGCAGUUUGGGAAAUAAUUGAGGAGAAUUGUCACCAACCUGAGACAGCAAACCGCGUUCAUUCAUUUGGGAAUGAGUGUGUGAGAGUGCCGAAGAAGCAGUAAUGGCGUCAGGGGGAGAAACCUGUGCUCCUGUGGAGGAAGAGGGGGUUGUACCACUGGACAUUGAUGAUGUGCACUUACUCUUACAAGUGGAGCAGGAGCAGAUUCAAAAGAGGACAUUUACAAACUGGAUCAAUGCACAGCUCUCCAAGAGGAGCCAUCCAACUGUUGUCCAGGAUCUGUUCUCAGAUCUUCGAGAUGGGACUCAACUGCUGGACCUGCUGGAGGUGAUGAGUGGCCAACGCAUGAAGCGUGAGCGGGGUCAUGGUGUGUUUCAGCAGAGAGGCAACAUCGAGACCGCUUUGAACUUCUUGAAGAACAAAUCGAUCAAGCUGGUGAACAUAAACAUCCCAGACAUCAUAGAGGGAAAACCUUCCAUCAUUCUGGGCCUGAUAUGGACCAUCAUUCUGCACUGUCAUAUAGAGGAGCUUGCCAACACUCUCUCUUACGGAUCCCGUUCAUCCUCCCUGGACUCUCUGUCUAGUCUAGAUUCUGUUCCUGGAUCUCCAAGCAGUAGUCCUGUUCCUCGAGGGGGAUCGCCGCUCCACACUCGUUUCCGUUUGUCUGCUAAGAAGUCUUUGCUCCUGUGGGUUCGGGACCAGUGCAAGAAAGUUGGUUGCUCAGCCAGUGUGAGGGACUUUAAGUCCAGCUGGAGGAGUGGUGAGGUGUUUCUGGCCAUUCUCUGCUCCCUUAGACCUGAUCUGGUGGACCUCUCUCAAGCUCAGACCAGCAGCCAUCGGGAAAACCUGGAGCGGGCGUUUCACCUCGCUGAGAAGGAGCUCGGAAUUCCCAGACUGCUCGAGCCAGAAGACGUUGAUGUCAGUAAACCUGAUGAAAAGUCUAUCAUGACAUACAUUGCUCAGUUCCUGCAGUACUCCAACGAUCUCCCUGCAGCUGAUGAUGAUUUUGAGUUUCAAUCUCUGCUUUUUCCUCCAUGCCUUUCUCCUGUCAACCUCCCUACAUACUUCACUCCUGCUGUGCUGGCCUCCCCACUGCACAAGGCUUCACCCAGUCAGAAAGCCAGAGAGAUGAAAUGCUGGCUAGAGGGAGCCUAUCAGGAGUUACUGGAGGCAUGGAGUUCCACAGAGGGGAAGGGAUAUGCAGAGAGAUAUCAGGCAUUUCAAAACUUUGUGGGGACUUAUUAUGACCAGAGACGUCCAGUUAUUCCAGUUCUCAGCGCAAUGAGACGCUGCGCUAAACCAAGUGAGGAGCAGAUGGCAUUGAGAAAAGCCUGGGACACCAUGGAGGAGAGGUUACAAGAAUACAGAACAGAGCUUGAUGUUGGUUUGCCCACCCCUUUGAACACACUGGGCCGGUGGCUCCAGCAUAUGGAGGCUGUCCUAUCUGAAGACAGCGGGAGCACUGAAGAUCAUGCACUUGCUGCCAGAGACGCCAGGCACAAGCAAGAGCAUCUAGAGGUCUUGGUUGAAGACUUAAGCCAGCACUUGAACACCCUUAAUCACUACCGAAACACAGAUGAAGAUGGCUGUCUUUUAGUGCCAGUCGAGAAGCUGGAGGAGAUCAAGAGACGCUUCACCAGUGCCAGAGUCACAGCCAAGUACCACGGCAUCAAGCUACAAUACAGAGAGCACAUGCAUCAUGUUUAUAACCUGCUGGGAUGUCUGAAGUCUAAGCUGAGCUUGUGGAGAGGACCUUACGGCUCCCAGGAGUCUGUGCGCUCUCUGCUACAGGAUUGGCAUGACACUGUUGACAAGCAAGGCCUGCUGUGGAUGUUAAAGGAAGCUCUUCACAAGCUGAAGGACACAGCAGUCAGUUAUACCAAGAAAGCAGCUUUGGCAGAGGACUCACCUGUGGUGAACAGGCAGGUAAAGGAGGCUGAUACUGAGACGGAAAUCACUACAGAAGCUGCAGAAGCAGUAAGAUCCACUAUGGAGCGUGUGCUGACUGCAUGGGAGUCCUACAAAGACUGCCUGUAUCUAUUACAAGUCUGGUUGGGGCAAGAGGAACAAUCAAAGGUGCAGGGACAAGAGAGCAAGCAUUUUUCCUCCAGCCUGAAUGAGUGGAGAUCACGUCAAGCCCAGCUGAACGAGGCGGGAAACUUUCUCAUUGAGAUAAGCGAUGCCUCCACCAGCCAAUCUCUGACUGAAGAGCUCCACAAACUGAACAUGCAUUGGGCUGACUUCAUAAAAAGGACCAAGUUUGCAGUGGCCCCUCAGCCCGUCUCUGGAGUCCCAGGUGUCCAAGCUGCUCAGUCCCUGAUGCAGGAAGCCAGCUGGGUGCUUAGAGAGACAGUUGAGGUGUCAUCUGGACCUAUACGUAUUUACAGAAAGAAACUUAAGGGUAUAAUUAAGAAGAUGUCAGAGUUCGAUCUGAACUCUUUGUCUCCAUCUCCAGACUGCAAAGAGGAAACUCUUCAGAAACUCAGACAAACUCUUCCAGAGACAUUUGAGACUUUGACCCGGGUGGAUCAGGUGUGUGAGAGACUCCAGAAACCGGCAUCUCUGCUCGAGGGCAGGCUGGCUGAGCUUGAAAACUGGGGCACAGAAGCCCAAGAGUUCUGCCAACACCUAAAAGAAAGGAAACUUAGAGGCCAACGGGGGCCACAUCCCAGGGCCAAAAGCCUGUUCUCCAGAGGUCUACAGUUGGAAGGACAGGUGGUGACAGAAAGUGAAGACCUGCAGAUGCUUGUGACAUCAAUGCAAAAGAACUCCUCCCUGCCUUACCUCAGCACAUUAGCCAUACAAGACCGACUGAAACGGACUGUCUCGCACUGUCAGGAGGUUACUGAGAUGCUCAGUUCUCAUGGAGUGAAGCGUGAAGGACAGCCUGAUGGUGCGGAGCCUGCUUCCAAGGUUUUUGUGCAGGCACAUUCUCAGCCUGAAUCCCAAACUAGAAUCAUUCAACACCAUCAGAUGUUUUUCCAAAGCGGUGAACUUUCUCUAGAGAGCCUAACAGAACCUCAAACCCAAGAACUUCGUUCUUCUCAGGUGCAGUCACAAUUGGAAGCCACCAGAGGCGUAAAGCCCCAGGUUCAUGAUAAAUCUCCAAAAGACCAAAGAAAAGCUGUAUGCCAAGUACAGCAUGCAGAGCUCAAACAGCCUUUGCUGUCAACUGUUGUUGGCAGGAAGAUUCAAAUGAAACCUCAGACUGAAGUUCAGCUGAUCUCUGUAGACUCGAGCCAAACCAGCAGCUUUGGACCAUCAGACCUUCAAGCUGCCUCAGCAAACUUAAGCCAAAGGAGUGGCUUUGGACCCUUAGACACUUUACAGGUUAUCUCUGUAGACCCAAAUCAAACUAGUGACUUUAGACCAUCUGAGCUACAGGUUGUCUCAAGCCAAACCAGUGAAUUUAGACCAUUAGACUCUUUCCAGGUUAUUUCUGUAGACUCAGGUGAAGCCAGAAGCUUUGGACCAUCAGAUGUUCAUGUUAUCUCUGUAGACUCAAGCCAGAUCAGUGGCAAUAUACAAUCAAACCCUCUGCAGUCACUAUCUUCAACUAUAUCCAGCCCAAGCACGUUGCUUACGUCGGUUACUGUGACUCAACUCAGAAUGCCAGUUGAGCAGCAUCUUGGUUCACCACCAAAAUGGCAACCUCAAACCUCCUUGGCAACCCCCCACCAAAGACAAAAGGUUUUGGCCAAAAGUCACAGUCUUCCUCAGCCCCAUGAGCCAUCACAAACUCUGCCUGUAGACUCACUUGCAACCUGCCCAAGCACUUUGCAAACACUGGUAACAGAGACUCAGCAAAGAACACCAAUCGAACAGCACAUUGUUUCACCACCAAAAUGGCAACCUCAAACCUCUGUGACGACCCUGCACCAAAGACAAAGCGUUCUAUCUAGAAGUCACAGCUUUCCACAGCCAUCAGUGGCUCAAGGUGUUCCCCAUGUCCCAGUACAGAAUGAGGUGUAUGCCAGAGCUCAGGCUUUGGCCAGGAGCAGACUGGAUAAAGCCAAACAGCACCUGCAGGAACACAUACAGGAUGUUAUCACUGUGAUCAGUACCAGAGACAAAUCUAAAAAACAAGCCAAGAAAAAACAGGCGGUGUCACGUCUUCUCAGGCCUGUGGUGUUGGAGACGUUUCUAGAAGCUGUGAAGGGGAUGGGGGAUUUCUGCUCUGAUGCCCAGCUCAAAGACAUGGACCUCCUUUCUCAUUCAGUCAGAGCCCAAUGGGAGGUAUGUGCGACAGCAGCUGAGCGUUCAGUGCAUCUGGAAGCCUUGAGAAGAAUUACAGAGAGUCUGCAGGCCACAGAGAGUGUUCUUCUCAGAACCACCCAUCUGAGAACAGAUGCAAAGAGAGUGGAGAGCGCUCAACACCACACAGACUCCACAAGUGACCUGACACCAUGCCAGGAUGGCAGGGUGGGAGCAGUCAAGGAUAGUGUCCUGCUGGGAAAGACUGUACUGCUUGAUGACCUAAGCCACGUCCACUCACAGGCUGUUGUACAGACCAACAUCGUGGAGAUAAAACAGAUACCAGAGAGGACCGUCAUCCACCCCUGUUUAGCACAGGAAGAGAAGGAUUCCGCAGAGGAAGCUCAGAGCAGCUACAGUGCUGUUCGGUCAGUCUUCCAGCAGCAACUGCUUAACAACAGUCAGCAGCUGGGAUCAGAGUUUCCCAUCAGCCCUGGCGGCAAUGCCAGUAUCUCUGCUGACUCACUGAGGAGUCAACUCCAGCACCUCCUGGCACUUAAGGACCAGACAGAGGCUCUGUGGUGUGAGUUUGAGCUUCAAGAUUCCCAGAGCUCUCAGCACAUGGAAGAUGGCUGUAACAUGGAGCAGGAGAAAGCUCAGCUCAUUCAACAGUGGAGGGAGCAACAGAUGUGCAUUCAGGCAAGGGUAAAGUCCCUUGAAACUGCGGUAGAGCUGCUGGAGUCCGCGGACAGUCAGAUCAGACUGAUUUCUGAUCAGAUCAAACAGAUCAGUCAGAAACCUCUGAAUAUUAGAAACUUGUCCAUUGCUGAUCCCAGAAAUCUACAUGAAGACCUAAAGCGUCUAGAUGAACGUAUCGAGAAAGAGCUGGUUCUGCUUAAUAGUGGAGGUUCUGUUAGCGACGCUGCUGAUCUGAGUCACAUUGAGCUCCAAGCUCAUCUUCCCCUGCUUCCCCAAACUCUCCAUGACCGCACAAAAUGCCUGGAGCAGCAAAGACAAUGUCUGAGAAAGAGUGAAUCGGCCCUGGUAGGCCUUGUGAAACUCCUAUCCCAUCUCCAGCAGGUGAGUGCCGACCUCAGUGGAGCUCACAGCACGUCAGAUCGCAGUUUAGUCUCCAUCCGGCACAGCCUUCAGCAGGCCAGGGAAGAAUCGGUUCAGCUAGACCGAUUACUGGAUGAUGCUGGUAUGAGAAUAACUCUGGAUGAUAAAGCAGGCAGCUGUAAUGAGAUGGUGUCAGCUCUGGCUUUGCGUACCGAAGAGGUUGAGGCCAAACUAGCUGUAGGGCUGAAGCAAUCUGACAGAGGAGGGAAAGGAAGAGUGGAGGGAGAACAGAGGGACAGAGCGGUCGGUAGGAAGAGGAUGGGCCUGCAGGUCGCCCUGAGGGAGGUGCUGACGGCACUCGAAAAACAUGGGCUGAAGGAGCCCACACUUCCUGCACUACAGCACAGGUUACGCUUCCUGACAGACACUGAAAGCAAACUGGUUGCACUACGCUCAGAAAUUCAGGAUCUGAGAAGUACUUGUGCACAGACAAACACCUCAGACACAGGCAUCAGCGAGCUGCAGAUGCAAUGGGAAAACGCACACGGAGCAGUCGCAGAGAGUCGUGAGCAGUGUGUCUCUCUAAGCGAACUACUGAAGAAGUUCCAGAGCUGCCGAAAUCGCUUAGGCAGCACUUUACAGAAAGCAGAGCAGACUAUUGGUGAUCAGGCCUCAUACAUGGGCAAAGACAACCUACAGCUCCUGAUCAGUAAGGUGACCAGUUUAAAGUCAGAUCUCAGUGGUCUUGGGGACGGGGUGGAGGAGUUCAGAGCUGUGUGUCGACAGCUCCAGUCUCUGAUGAGAAGGAUCCCAGACUGUGCAGAAGCUCCAUUUGAGAGUGAGGCUGACACCCUUAUGGACCGCUGGCUUGAUGUCACUGAGAAGACAGACUGUCAUCUGGACAACCUUCAAGCUGGCUUUUCUCUUUGGGAGAAACUCCUACUAUUGGCUGGAGAGGUGGAGGGCUGGAGCGCACAAAAGCUAAUGACACUUGCAGAGUCACACCCCUUUCAGACAGAGCAGGAUGUGUCUGCCAUGCAGGAUGAGCUCAGGAUUCAAGAGGAGAACAUUGAACAUUUUCAUCGCAGAUCUUCGGAGAUCCAGGAGCUGUUGCAGAGUCGCGAAUUCCCACUGGAGCUACAGGUGAUUGAGAGCCAGCUGAGGAAGAAGAUGGCAGAGGUGAAGGAGCUCUUUUCUGAGACCAGUGAUGUUUUUACACAGCUGGAAGCUGCCAAGGGAAAGGUGGCGUCUGAUAUCGCAGAUCACCUGUCCUCCAUUCAGUCUAUCGCAAAUGCGCUGACCUCUCUGACCACAUCUGCCACAUCUGAAAGCCCACAGGUCCUCAAAACCAUCCAGGUCUUAUCAGAGCAGCUGCAAGCGGAGGCAAAGCAAGCAGAUGCUUUACUGCAGCAGAUAAAUCUUCUAGCCAGCAUUGCUGGUCUAGAAAACCUCCAGGCGCUGGCUGAAGAUGGAGUUCGCCUUCAAGAAAGCAUCUGCACGGCUAGAGAGCUGCUCGUAGAGAAGAAAGAGCAAGCAAUGAACCCCAACAGACCUGAAAUUCCUCAGAUGAUCAGAGAUCCUAAGCAUGUUAAGCCCCAGAUUAGAAAAACAGAAGAUGCUGCACCUGAGAUACAGUCUGAACUUGGAGAGAAGACACAAGAUGCUCUUCUUGAGUUAAAGGAUUUCAAAGAGCAGGCCUGCAGCUCGGCCCUGCAUCAGCAAGGGGAUUUUCAGGUUUCUGAGGAUGUGAACAGAGCGGUCACACUUGAGGAGAGUCUUAGAGAAGUUCAGGAUGUCCGUGUUGGACUCGAUGAGUCUAUGAAUGAGGAGUUGAAGUGUGCAAUGUUAAUACAACAGAGCCAGGAAAGUCUACACUCUCUACAGGGCCAGACGGAGCACAGUUCUCAAGACUCAAAUGCUUCAAAGGCUGUAGAACAAGGGGAAGGAAACCUUCUGGAGGUUGAGAAUCUGUCUGAGGUCCUGCAGACAAGCUGUACUCCAGAGGGUCAGACUGCCCUCUCCCAAGAUGUUCAGACGCUGUUUGGAAAGACACCAGCCCUGAGGAAGAUCUUGGAAGAUGAGAGGACUCAGGAAUGGAACUCUGAUCCAGUUCAAAGUUCCAUUCAGUGCAUUGAGCCUCAGCAGCCUGGAGUAUCCACAGAGGAGCUCCAGUCAGUUCAGGUUGCUGCUGACAGUGAAGUGGAUGACGUGGAUCGUAUAAAUUUAGAAUUCUUGUCCACAAAGGAAGGCAGUGAAACAGAAGACAAAUCACCUUGCACAGACCAACAAGCAGCUGAAGAUGUUGAGAGCCUUCCAUCAGACCACAACACAAACAAGCAGCAGUUCAAGUCGGGAUCUAAAGAAGGGGCUAAAACUGGAUCUGCGUUAAGAGAUGAUGACAGCACAUCCUGUGAAUCAUCAAAGCCUGUCUUUACCAUAGUGCUGGACUCUGAUCUUACCAAACUCAACCUGAUCCCACUCACACAGUCCGUCCCAGCUUCUUCAACUAAAUGGGAUACUGUUUCAGCUGUUAAUGAUGGGACCUCAGAGACAUCAGAGAAUGGCUUGAAAUUGUUGGAAGUCAAACCAGAUGAAGAACCUUAUGCAGUUGCUGCUGACAGUGAAGUGGAUGACGUGGAUCGUAUAAAUUUAGAAUUCUUGUCCACAAAGGAAGGCAGUGAAACAGAAGACAAGUCACCUUGCACAGACCAACAAGCAGCUGAAGAUGUUGAGAGCCUUCCAUCAGACCACAACAGUAACAAGCAGCAGUUCAAGUCGGGAUCUAAAGAAAGGGCUAAAACUGGAUCUGCGUUAAGAGAUGAUGACGGCACAUCCUGUGAAUCAUCAAAGCCUGUCUUUACCAUAGUGCUGGACUCUGAUCUUACCAAACCCAACCAGAUCCCACUCACACAGCCCAUCCCAGGUUCUUCAACUAAAUGGGAUACCGUUGCAGCUGUUGGACCUGAUGAUGGGACCUCAGAGACAUCAGAGAAUGGCUUGAAAUUGUUGGAAGUCAAACCAGAUGAAGAACCUUAUGCUGUAAGCUCUUCUGAUAAACCUGUACAUUUAUGUGCUGAUCCUUCAACAUCAGAAGUGCAUUUUAAAGAAAAUAGCCACGCUGAUCAUGUAGAACCCACUUAUUCUGCUUCAGACCUUGAUUUCAGUCCUAAACCAGAGAUAGACUCAUCUACUCAAGCAAUGCUUUUAUAUCCAGAGAACCUUCAAGAAAGCUCUGGAACUGCUAAGAAAGUAUUUACCAUCAUCCUGGAUGUUGAUACUCCUAUAUUAUCAUCAGACAAGUAUCAGUCACUGCAAGAGACACAGUGUACAGGUCCUGAAGACUCAAUCACAGAUGAAUUCUCCUAUUUAGAUAUAAAAAAUCAACAAAGGAGCUCCUCCAGUCCUGCGAAACCUGAAGGCCAAAUGGUUGAACUAGAUCUAUCAGAAAAGUCUAAUGUGAAAUCAAGUAGCUCAAGAAGCUGUGAAAUGAAGCCUCAUUUCCUUGAGACCAUGGAGAUUGACAUUCAAGAAGAAAAAGAGAAGCAACAUGAAGUUGCUGAUGUAGAAACAUCAAGCCAAAUGGAUGUCCACAGUGAGUCAAAGUCUGUAGUUCACCAGCAGGAUGUCCCAAUGUUGGAGAGUCAUCAUGAGGAUGAUAAAAACACCUUUAAAGAGCCUUCAAAUGAAGCAAGCACACUACAGAAGCCUCCAAAAGGUGGUAAAGGUAGGAGGAAAAACAGAAAACCAGUUGGUGUAGAGAAAGCAAGCAAUAUCGGUAGUGAAAAGCCAAAAUCGUGUAAAUCUAGACAUAAGAACACAACUGACUCGGAAAGCCUCCGAACCUCUGAGGUCAGGCUGCCGGAGACCACGGAUACUUCACUGACUGUGUCUUCAGAUUUUAGUCAGACAAAAUCUGCAAUGCCACGGAGUACAGAAGACAAACUAACAGUGGAUACUGUGCAGACCUUGAAUCAAAGUGAAACAGAAAAUGUACAUUUUGAAAACGUUAGCAUCUCAUUUACCGGAGGCACCCUUAUUAAUACCACAGAUAGUGUGGUUUUAGCAGCAGCGGAGUCUGUACGGUCAACACAUACAGAUGACUCAAAAUUAAUGGCGGAAGAUUCUUCGUCUGUUGUGACAGCUGACUGUAUAACACAAGUUUCUACCACAAUCCCAUCAGAGUCACAACUCGGCAGUGCUGAAGCUCCAAGCACAGGGGAUUCAGAAGGCAGAUUCUCGUUGCAGUAUGAAGAAAUGCUUAGAGCCAAUUCAGAUUCAUCUGACGGGAACAAAACGUCCAUAAACAGAAGAUCAGUAGCAGAUGGUGAGGAUCAAACGAGGCAUGCGGAGCAGCCUACCAGGACAAGUGUGUGGGCCACUUUACUGAACACCAUCACUAAUGUACAUCCACUUAUGAUGACCAGCCACGGUUCUGAGGAAUCUAGACAAAGGAAAGAUUCCUGGCUUCAGAACUCAUCACUCUCGGAGUCUGAGAGCAGUCUGGCAUGGACUGUUCUGUGGGUUUUCAGAUGUCGGUACCGACCGUCUCAGCUCAGCGUUGCACAUAUGACUCAUCAGCUGGAACAAGCUGAGAUCUGCCGGCAGCAUGUGCUGGAGCAGGUGGCUAGACUCACUCAACGUCAGUCUAGUGCAGGACCCUCUACAGAGCCUGAGCAGAGCAUAGGCAUAGAGGGCAGAUGGAACACUGCCCUGAUGGAUACCUCAAACAUGGUGGAGUUUAAGAAGGCGCAGCUCCAGCAGGUCACACAGUACCACCAGCAAAAACGAGUUCUUACGGAUACUCUGCACAACCUGGAGGCUGAGCUCAGCACGCUGACACAGGUUUGCAUUGACAGUAGCACCUUGCAAGCGGAGAAGCUGAAUGCAUUCCUGAAGAACAUGCAGAAGAAGAGAGGCAUAUUAGAGGAGCUCCUACAGACAUGCUCUCAGAUUUCAUCUCAUCUGGGUGAGGCAGAGGGUCCUGUGGCCUGCAUCGAACCUUUUAGGGCUUUACAGGAAAGAUGGCAAAAUAUAGAGCAGGUUGCUUCCAGCAGUCUGUGGUGUGCUAACAUCUCCACAGCAGAAGUAUCUGCACUCCUGCAAGAAGCCAGAAAUCUGCAUCAUGAACUGGAGCUUCUAGAGAAGUCCGUUUCUCUUCCUCACCCCUCUCAAGGACAAAUGGACUGCCAAAGUGCGCUAAAAGAAACUGUCAGAACUGCAGACUUUGCGGUGUUAACAGAGCGCUAUUUGUACCUUUUUGAAGUCUCUCAAGCUCUUUCCUCAAGUCCACUGGGAAAAAAAGAGCUCAGAGAUGUAGAAGUCGCAAUGCAGGGCCUUAAUUCGCAGCUAGCUCUGACUCAGGAGAAGCUCAGCUCUCAGACUUCGAAUGGCAGUGGUUAUUCACCGAUCAUGAGGAUUAUCAGGGACUACGUUACAUGGGCUAAACAAACAGAAAGCAAAGUCAGUAGGAGAAGAACGUUGUCUCUGUUUCCUGAAGAGGCAAUUCAUCAGGUCAACCACAUGAAGAAACUGCAGUCUGAAACAUCUCUAAAGAGGUUUCAGUUGGCCUCUGUUUUGAAAGAGCUAAGAGAGGAAGUUACAGGACUCGACAAGGAGGACUCCAUGUCGCCCACCCUCGAUUCCCUAGAAGAUUUGUAUGUUAAGCUUACAGAGAAGACUGAAUGUGCUGCUGCAGAAAUGAGCAGAAUGUUUCAUAUUAGAGAGAGACUGUGGAAGCAGCUCACUGACAGCAGCUCUUGGUUGACCUCAGUCUUAGAAAAAGAGUCUGGUAAAACAGUGGCUUCUGAACCUAAAACUACCAUCCCAGAAUUGAGGGUUCAGCUUCAGGUGUGCACAGAAGCUUUGAAGGAAGCUGAGAGACAAGCACAUAACUUGGAGACUCUGUUAGAUGAACUCAAAAAUGUGAAUCACGGUUUGAGUGUACCCGAAAGCUUUCAGCUUAUCAAUAGGCUAACAGCCUUACAAGAAGAGGUCUCUAGGGUUGUGAACCGUAAGUGGGCCUUGCGCUGGGUGCUUGAAGAACUCCUUCAUGCUCAGGAAUCUUCUGCCGAGGAACAGAACGUCAUUCUAAAGAGCCUGAGACAGAUGAGUGCUGAUGUCACGAGGCAGAAGUAUCCAAUAACAAGGGACUCGCUCUCUGCUCUUGAACCUGUUAGGCACAUCCUGAUGGAGUUCCUGUGCAAGGUGCCGGAAAUUCAACACUGCCAAGAGCCUCGGAGGAAAGAGAUGCUUAACGCUGUACUAGACAUACAGAGGAGAAUGCAUGUGCUGGAGCUGCAAGCCAAAGAGCAUGAGGAGUACCUCGUUUUAAAGCAGCACAUGGAAAACUCCAGAGAGGCUGUGAAGAAGAGCUUGUCGCAGAUUGUAGACUCGAGUGUAGGAGCUGACGUAAGGCUCGGCUUUUGUCAGGCUGUCCUGGUGGAGCUGCCUCUGCUGAGAAUGACAUGUCAAGAGGCUGCUGACCACCUUGAGGCCAUUUCGAAAGAUCUUUAUCCAUCCCAGCUGACAGCAGAAAGGCAGAAAAUCCGUUUGGUCAUUGAGCAGCUUGCUUCUUGGGAGCUUACGGUAAAAAAUGAGGCUAAAAACCUUGAGUGCUCUCUGGCGGAGCGACUUGGCAGUCCUACAGACCUCAGUCCACUCACUGAGCUCUUCAACAGUGUCAGGCAGCAGCUGAAGGACACCAUCUGCUUGGAGCCAGAUAAUAAGACCAUCGAUGCAGAGCUACGAAAGCACUGGAUACGAAUCCAGACCGUUGAGUCUGUUCUACGAAUGCUGGAGCGCUGCAGAAAAGGAGUAGAUGCUAAGAGCUGCCAGAUGACCAUUGAUCUUGGCCAGAGAACUCUUAAUGAUUGCGGUAUGCAUAUGGACAAGCUGCUCCAGGCUCGAGAGGCACUGAAGCAUUACCACUGGGCUGUUCAGCUAGCAGAGAGCUUCUUUCAGCAGAUUGGAUCCAAUCUCAUGAUCCCCUCUGAUGGCUUCAGAGGCUACAAAGAGGAGCAUCGCUAUAUUCAACAGAUUUUUAGCACUCUGGUUGAGGGUUUCCAGGCCCGCUUGUCUGAUGUUGGUGCUUCUGUACCCCAGAUGACAUGCCUCUCCAUCCCUUUAACCGAGCAGCUUCAUAUAAAGGUUUUGAGUCACCUUCUGGUACAAGAUGCCAAAUUAGAGGCUCAGGCUCAACUCAGAUUUGAGACCUUACAGAGGUCCAUGAAAGACCAAAUUGUGCACAUGAGUCACCAUGAAGAAGUGAGCCAACUUCUCAAAAAUGUUGAUUCUCAAAUCUCAAAAUACUUAAGUCAAAAACCGGCUGAUUCUGAAGCCUGCCAAGAUCAACAGCUAAAAGUAAAGGUACUCCAGACAGAGAUAAAGAACCUUGCUAAAAGGCUGGAGGAAUUGAGGGAAGGUUGCCCAGGUCUACGCUGCAAAGCACCUGUGGAUCUGAUGCUGGGACAACUGUGGAGGUCUUGGGCAGUGCUGCAGUGCAGAGUAGAAUCACUCAAAGCCAGCAUGUCUCAUAAAGAAGCAGAAUGGAGAGACUUUGUGAUACGUCUGAAUAAAUCAAAGGAAGGUCUUGACAGACUGCAGAAUGAACUUCCAGACUCAUCUGUGGUGACAGGAUCGCUGGUGGAUCUUCAGGGUGUUCUGAGCCUCACAGAGCGCCUUCAAGAUGGGAUUGAGCAGGAGCAUCACACUUUGUCAUCUCUGCAACACCAUGUGACACGAUUGCUUGGGGUCUCAAAUUUGCAGCAGCUGAAAGUGUCUCCUCAAAUCUGUCAGGACUUGCAGUCUCUACAGGGUCACUGCAGAAACCUCAGAGAUCAGAGCAAUAACAUUCGUCGGGAGGUGCUUUUUGAGAUCCAGGAGUUGGGUCGUGUGCAGGAGGAGCUGAGUGCCAUUCAACAGAAUGUUCUCUCUCUUUUGACGGUUUUACAGUCAGAGUCAGCUGCUCAACACUUACAGGAAGUCAAAGUGGAAUUGGUUUCACAGAAGGCUCAACUGCAGGAUGUCAUGGACAGAGUGCAGAAGAAAUGGAACUGUAUACCUUCAGAGAUUCAAGUCUUACAGAAUGAGCUCAGCGUCUCCAUGCAGGAGGCUAAGGACAAAUUGGGCAUGGUCAUGGAGAGAAGUGGUCCUCUCUGUAAAAUGGGUGAGCUGCUUGGAGAGGUGACGGUGGGCUUGAAAAAUGUGCAGGCCCUGCUGAAGCAAACAAGUCCUAAUUUUUCUGAAGCUGAGCGUACACAAAAGCGUGUAUGGGAUGAGCUGGACCAGUGGCACACUCGGAUUGCCGAGCUGGAGGCUGAGGUGCAGGAUUUGGCUGAGCAAAAGCCUGAGAGGGCGCACGUCCUCAUGGACCAACUCACGGAGCCUCUGCAGCUCUACCAGACCACAGCCAAACAGGCAGAGCAAAGGACCGCCCUCAUCAGCAAAAUCCCUGCCUGUCUGCAGGAAUAUGAUGGUAUACUCAAUAGCUCCAACUGCUGGUUGAGAGAGGCUCAGUCCUGGCUAAUCGCUCCCAGAACCUACACCACUGCGAAAUGUAUCCACUGCCACGCCAACUCCCUCAAGAUGAUGCUGGAUGAAUCGGAGGGGUACAGGGGAUCUCUGGAGGACUUCCUGCCAGCCCUGCAGGAGAUCACUCCAGUGUGUGACACUACCCCUCAACAACACCUUCUCCAACUUUGUAUGCAAAACAUCACACUCAUGCAACAAAGCGUUCUGGACCCUCUCUCCCACCUUCAGCAUCUAGCAGCUGAGAUGGAUGCCAUUGAAGACGAGGUGAAGACAAUGGAGAACAAUAUUACUAAGAUCAGAACAAUCCUUUCAGCCACUGACACAGAGAACAUUUCUCCUGAGGAACAUCUCGAGAACAUGCAGGUGAUUCUGGAUAAUGUCCAAUCCAUGAAGAGGACCAUUGAUGAGAUUGAGAGCUGCAGGCCAGGCCUGGGGCUUCCUGCUGAGGCAGAGCAAACUCUCACAGCGUUCCAUUGGGCUCAAGAGCUCCUGCAGCCCAUCCAGGAGCUACAGCAGCUCAGCAUGGAGCGGAGCACAGCAUUGAGGGCCUCUAUUGGACAACCAGCUGAAAUGAUUCUUCCUUUAGGCCAAACUGAAGAAUUCACAAUGCCACAUCUUUACACUGAAGAUGUGAGGGUCUCCAUGGAAGACCCUCACACUGAGGAGGAUGAUGAAGACAAUCAGUCUUCAUCCUCAGGAACUCUCACAUGCAGUGUUCCAGAGGACCCAGGUGAGACAACAAUAGAUGAGGAAGAUUUUAAGACAGGAGCUGACUCUGCUGUAACAGAGUGUGUCACUAAGGAAUCAUCUCCUGAGGAAGAAGUUGAUUUUCCUGCAAUCAAGAAUGUAAUAGAGGAUGUCGACACAGGAAGUUGUUUAAUGGAGCCUUCUGGUUUCUCUGAAAUGCCUGGCAUAGACAGCAGACCAGUUACUGAAGAGACAAGUUUUCUACCUGCACCAACAUCCCAUCACUUGAAAGAAUUGACAAAGUCUGAUAGUGCAAAUAUAGCUGAGGAAAAGCAAAAUGAGUGCACAGCACCAGCAAAGCCAGGAAUAGGCUCAGAAAUCACUAUGUUAAAAGCAUGGGAUGCCAGUGUAUUGAUUGCAGAGUCUGAAUCUGUAAACACAGGAACAGGUAUAAGUGAUCAAGGGAAAACAACAGGCCCAGAGCCACCUGACACAGAAGCAGUAAAUGUUACUGAUGGUGACCAGACCCAGACAGAGACUAAACCCACAGACGCAACAGCUCAUCUGAUGGUCUCCUCACAGCAUGCAGAAUGUGUGCCACAUGAAGAUUCAACAAUGGAAAUACAGAGAAAUCUAAAUGAUGCCAUCAUUCACCAAAACAGCAGUCAGUCUCAAGAACACACAUUCAAGCACACAGCAACUGUCAGUGAUCUGUCACACUCUGAAGGAGGAGGUGAAGAUCAAGACAUCAAGGUUCAGCUUCUCACCUCAUUGAUUGAAACUUCAGAGACACUUGGAUCAUGUCAGGACAUCAGUGCUUUAGAGGAAUCAUCUCCUGAAGAUUUUGUUGAUGUUCCUGCAGUCAAGCAUGUAAUACAGGAUGCUGACACAGGAAGUUGUUUACUGGAGCCUUCUGACUUCUCUGAAAUGCCUGGCGUAGACAGCAGACCAGUUACUGAAGAGACAACUUCUUUGUCUGCACCAACAUUCCAGCACUUGAAAGAAUUUACAAAUGAUAGUUGUCUGAAGCCUGACAGUGCAAAUAUAGCUGAGGAAAAGCAAAAUGAGUGUACAGAAACCAGGUUGACUAAAGCAGUACCAACAAAGCCAGGAAUAGGCUCAGAAAUUACCAUGUUAAAAGCCAGUGAUGCUGCUAUAAACACAGAAACAGGUACAAGUGAUCACGUGAAAACGAUGGGCCGAAAGCCACUUGACACAGAGGUAGUUCGUGUUACUGAUGGUGACCAGACGCAGACAGCGUCCUCCCAGCGUACAGCAUGUGUGCCACAUGAAGAAACAACACUGGAAAUACAGAGAGAUCUGAAUGAGGCUGUCAGUCACCAGAGCAGGAACCAAUCUCAAGAGUUUCAGCACACAGCAAGAGGUGACAGAAGAGGUGAAGAGCAAGACAUCAAGGUUCAACUUCUCACCUCGUUGAAGGAAACAGCACAGACACUUGGAUCAUGUCAGGAUAUCUGUGAUUCAGAGGAAUCACCUCCUGAAGAAGUUGAUUUUCCUGCAGUCAAGCAUGUAAUACAGGUCCCUGACACUGGCAUAGACAGCAGACCAGUUACUGAAAAGACAAGUUCCCUACCUGCACCAACAUCUCAGCAACAAUCCCAAGAAUUGACAAAGCCUGACAGUGCAAAUAUAGCUGAGGUAAAGCAAAAUGAGUGGCCAGAAACCAAGUUGACUGAAGCAGUCCCAGCAAAGCCAGGAACAGGCUCAAAUAUCACCAUGUUAAAAGCAAAUAAUGGCAGUAAUUUGAUUAAAGAGUCUGAGUUGGUAGAGCAGAAUGAAGUAUCGGUAAACACAGAAACGGAUACAGGCGAUCAAGUGAAAACAACAGGCCCAAAACCACCCGACACAGAGGCAGUAAAUGUAGUAAAUGUUACUGAUGGUGACCAGACGCAGACAGAGACUAAAUGUAAACUAGAUGCAACCGCUCCUCUUAUGCUCUCCUCCCAGCAUGCAGCAUAUGUGCCACAGGAAGAUACAACACUGGAAAUACAGAGAGAUCUGAAUGAGGUCGUCGUUGACCAGAGCAGCAGUCAGUCUCAAGAACACACAUUCAAGCACACAGCAACUGUCAGUGAUCUGUCACAGUCUGAAGGAGGAGGUGAAGAAGAUCAAGACAUCAAGGUUCAGCUUCUCACCUCGUUGAAGGAAACAUCGGAAACACUUGGAUCAUGUCAGGAUAUCAGUGCUUUAGAGUCAAGAUAUCUGUUAGAGAUUCCGGUGUCUGCAUUGAAUGCCAGUGAAUCACAGAUGGCAGACUCAACCCAACUCCUUAACGACCUCCUUUCAAGCAUCAAGAGUGUGCAAGGCAACACAUGGACUUUGGCACUUGAGCGACGGAGAUCAGAGGAACAGAGUAAUGUUGAGGUCCAGAGAUGUUCUGAAGCUCUUCUGAAGGGUCUGCGGGGUCACCUAGAGCUGGGCUCUGAGCGGCUGCUGCGCAGUCAGGAUGCACAGCCACAAAACUGCAGUCAGCUGCAGAGUUUGCUCACAGGACACAAGAAAUACUUCCAAGAUUUGGGGCAGAACCUUGUAGUGGUGAAGCUAUUAUACCAGAAACUGCCAGAGGGGGCACUGCAGGGCCAAGCUGAGGUGGACCAGUUAAUAUCAGCUCUGCAGGAUCAAGCACAAACUCACGGCGUCCGAAUGCAGCACAGCUUAGAGGAGUGGUCUCAGUAUGAGGAGGUCAGUGAGAGACUGGGUAAACAGUUGGAUGAGAUUGAGACAAACAUAUCCAGUCUGGACUCAGGGCCAGAGGGAGACCUGCAGGGUCAACUGCAGUCCUGUGAGAGAUUGCACGAGGUACUGAAAGACACAAGACCUCAGGUGUGGGAGAUCCAAGACCGACUCAGGAUCCUAUUAAAAAAGGGCUGUUACCGUGAACGGCCAGGUCAGCCGGUAUUAAAAUCACAACUGUUGUUACGCUGGAUGGAGCUUCAUAAUCAACUACAACAGAAGAUACAAUCCACACAGAAGACCAUAAAGAAUUAUGACAGGUUUCAGCAUGACUCAGCAGAAUUAGAAGAAUGGAUACGUCGUGCUCAAGAACAGGUUCGGAAGUGGAACAGUUCCUCUGAUUCUGGUCUCGUGGACUUCGAAACCGUCUUUACCCAGCUCAUGGAGUUCUUCAAGGAGCUGGAGGUCCAUUCAGCACAGAAAGCUUCUGCAGAAAGUGCAGGUGCACAGAUACUCCAGUUGACUAACAGCGAAGCUCCAGGUCUGCGCAGACAACUGGCUCAACUUGAGCAGGAAUGGACGAACUUGACUAAUGAGCUGCCUACCCUCCACCAGGCACAGCAACAACUGCUGACAAACCAGACUGACAGUCAGAUCUUGGCCAACUUGACCUCCUGGCUCAAACAUGUAGAGAAGCGACUGGAGGAUGAAAGCUCAGGGGUACAUUGUGCCCUCGGUUCCUCUGAGCUGUCUAGACAUCUGCAGGCUUUGAAGGACCUUAAGGCUGAAAUAACCAGUAAUCAGCUGUACGUUGACUUUCUGAACCGUCAGUUUGUGGAGGAGGCGGGAUCACUAAAUGAACCCACCAAUCGCAGUGAGCACAUUCUGUUUGCUGAGCAACUGGGAGCUCUCAAUCUAAGUUGGCUUAUUCUGCAGGGCAAAAUUGAAAGCAAGAUGCAUGAUGUUGAAGACCAAUGGCAGGCCAGCGCAGAUAGAGAAAAGCGUUUGUGCUGUAUGCACAGCUGGAUUUCUCAACGUAUGCACUGGGUGAGAAACAGCCAGAGACCAGAGAGCUGCUCGCAGAUUGAGCAAACAUUACAGGAGUGUGAGGAGACAGAGGAAAGGCUGCAGGUGAAGUCCUCUGAGCUGAAGGCUUUGGGAGGUCUUCACCUGUUCGGGCAGCAGGAUGGUGAACAUCCCGGAGAUCAAGCAUUCUCCAAGCAGGUGAAUUCAGCCAUCCAGGAUGCACAAGCGUUGAGUCAACAGAUAAAUGUCCUCAAGUCAGAUUUACAGCCGGUCAAAGAUGAAUGGGCUCACUUUGAAUCUAAAAUGAGUGCAGCAGAACUGCAAACAACCGGGGUGGUCUACAAGCUGAAGCUCUACAGAGUUCCUGUGUUGUCAUCUGAGCAGUGCCGAACUCAGGUGGAACAUCUGCAAGAGCUUGAAAGGGAGCUGAACCGACCAGAGACCGGGACCCAUUUAACUGAGGUGUUCUCUGACUUGAAAGACAAACUGAGCCCUUACGCAUCUAAACUUUUGUCUGAUCGUCUUGAGAAAGAGACAGCUCGACAUCAAGCAGUGACUGAAGAUGUGCAUGCAGAUUUACUAAAGGCACAGAAUGCGUUGCGGCUUUGGCUGGAAUACGAGCGCCUCACAGGAGAGUGCUGUGUUCAUCUAAAUCAGCACUGGGAGAGGCUUGGAGAGCUUAUGAAUUCUUCAUACAAAUUAGAAAACGCUGUAGAACUGCUCAACAGCAGGAUGCAAAGCAUCAAUGAUCUGGAGAAAGAUAUGCCUGCCUUGCAAAGCAGUGUGGGAAAAGUCCUGGAGGCCUCAAAGCUUCUCACUGGACAGAUGACACCUCAGUCAGCCCCGCUAAUCGAAUCAGAAACUAGGUUGCUGUCACGUGACCAUUUGCAUCUCAGCAAGGCGCUUUCUGACAUCGGGGCACAAGUUCAGGAGGAGCUGGAGGAGCACCGCCGUUUCAGCACGGAGUUGAAAUCAAUGGAGCAACAACUUAAAAAUUUCGAGAGAAUUGUGAGCUCUUCUGCUACAAGCAUGGAAAGUCUAAAGAUGGUUCUGUUAGAUCUGAAUGGGCUGAACCCUAACCUUGCUGCUCUGAAUCAAACAAGUUUCGGACUCUCCUUAAGCUCUACAGAGAAAGAGAGGCUGCAGACCCUCAACACACAGUGGGCUCAAGUCUUCUCUCAGGGCUCGGAGCAACACAGGAUGAUGUAUGGAGAGCUGCUGUGUUCUCAGAGCUUCCAACAGAAGUGCCAGUGCUGGAUGGAGCUCCUGGACAAAAUCGAGGCUGGAUUAUCCAAUCAGACGUCUGGAGACUGUGCUGCUGUAAGAAAGCAGCUAGCUGCACAUCAGAGGCUGAAAGUGGAGACCCUCAUCAGUCAGCAGCUACAGGAUGCCAUGAUCAAUGAGGCUUCACACUUCCUGGAGAGCAGUCAGAAUGAGGACAGGAGUCAUCUGAUCAUGAGACUCACCCAGCUAAAAGCACGAUGGCAGGAGACACAGCAGCGGGUCCAACAGCAUGGAAAUUGUCUGGAAGGGCUAAUGGGACACUGGCAACUUUAUGAGGUUGGCUCAAGGAGGCUUUCAAAGUUACUCAGACACAUCAAAGAACUUCUGCCACCAGCAGGACUGGCACCGUGCAGCUUACAGCAACUCCAGUGCUCUGUAAAAGACUUUGAAUUGAUAGAGGAGCAACUACAGUGUCAUGAAGAGCUUUACAGGGAGACUGUGGAGGCAGGAACACAGAUCCUUAUGAUAACAGAUGCGCGGACGCAGACACGCCUGCGGACUGAACUGGAUAUUCUCAAAGAGAUGUGGGAGCAAAGCUGUGGCCUUGUGGGGAAAAGAAAGGCUCUUGCAAACACCAUAACUCAUAACUGGAAGCUCUGUGAAACUGGCCUGGCUGAUAGUGCUCUCAGACUGGAAGAGAUAAAAGCAAGACUGAAGAGUCCACUGCCAGAGAAGCUGGAAGAUCUAAAGACACACAUGCAGCUCAUCAAGGAGGACGAGGACAAGCUGCAGAUUUGGGCUGGAGGACUGAAAGAGCUGAGCACCAUGAAGGCAGAUGUGUCCCAGUACGUGCUGCCCACAGACACAAUGCUGCUCCAGGGACAGGUGGAAGAACUUCACAGCCAGUGGGAAGAACUGUGCUUGAAGGUGUCACUUCGCAAACAGGAAAUAGCUGAUCGCCUGAACGCCUGGAUCAUCUUCAAUGAUAAAAACAAGGAGCUCUGUGAUUGGCUGACGCAGAUGGAGAAAAAAGUGGCACAUAGAGGCGAGAACCUUAGUAUUGAGGAAAUGGUGAAGAAACUUAAAAAGGACUGCAUGGAGGAGAUUAACCUCUUCAGCGAGAACAAGAGCCACCUCAAGCAGCUGGGCGAGCAGCUCCUAUUGGCCAGCGACAAGGCGAAGGAGGCAGAGAUCCACGGGGCCCUGCAAGAUGUCAACGACCGCUGGCAGCACCUGUUCGACCACAUUGAAGCCAGGGUGAAAAAGCUGACAGAAACGCUGGUGACAGUGCAGCAGUUGGAUAAGAACAUGAUUAACCUUCGCUCUUGGCUCACUCGCAUUGAAGCUGAGCUGGCCAAACCCAUUCACUACAGUAUCUGCCAUAGAGAUGAGAUCCAGAAGAGAUUGGUUGAGCAACAGGACCUGCAGCGUGACAUCGAGCAGCACACUGAGAGGGUGGCAUCUGUGCUCACCCUGUGUGACGUGCUUCUGCACGACAAGGAUGCCUGCAGCAGCGAUGGAGAGAAUGACUCCAUCCAGCAGACCACGCAGCGCUUGGACCAGCGCUGGAGAAAUAUCUGCUCCUUGUCUCUGGAGAGGAGGCUGAGGAUUGAGGAGACAUGGAGACUGUGGUGCAAGUUUCAGGAGGAUUACUCUUCCUUUGAGGACUGGCUGAAUGUAGCUGAGCGCUCCACUGCUGAACCCAAUUCAUCAGACGUCCUGUAUGUUGAUGCCAAAGAGGAACUCCAGAAAUAUGAGGUUUUCCAAAAGCAGGUACAUGAGAGUCUGACCCACCUGGAGGUUAUUAAUAACCAGUACAGACGACUGGCACGGGAAAACCGCGCCGAUGCAGCCAGCAGACUCAGAGCCAUGGUGCAUCAGGGGAACCAGCGGUGGGACGCGCUCCAGAGAAGAGUGGCUGCAAUACUGCGCAGACUCAGACAUUUCACAAGCCAGAGAGAAGAGUUUGAGGGAACCCGUAAGGGCCUCCUCGUCUGGCUGACUGAGAUAGACCUCCAGCUGACCAAUGUGGAGAACUUCACAGAGAGCCAUCUCCAAGACAAGAUAAAACAGCUGAAGAGUUUUAAGAAGGAGAUCACUCUGAACACCAAUAAGAUUGAUGCUCUGAUCGUGUUUGGGGAGGGUCUGAUCCAGAGGAGCUGUCCUCAAGAUGCUGUUGAGAUAGAAGAUGAGUUAGAGGAACUGCACACGUACUGUCAAGAGGUCUUCGGCAGAGUGGCCGGAUUCCACCAGCGCCUCACCAGUCUCCGCCCGCAGCUGCAGGAGCAGCUGGACGUCUUUGAUGGUGAACAGUCCAGAGGUACACAGGGCACCCCCUCCUCCAGCCAGCCCUCCAUGUGCCUGUUAUCACCACCUCAGGAGCGCUCAGGCCGUGAAACCCCUGUCAGCGUGGAUUCCAUCCCUCUGGAGUGGGACCACACUGGGGACGUUGGCGGCUCUUCUUCACACGAUGAGGAAGAGGAUGCUGCCUUCUUCUCUGCCCUGUCAGAUUUAGAGGUCACAGAAAUCCCAGAAUUCUCAUCUGAGGUGACAGAGAAGUCUUUUGGAGAGCCUUUAGGACAGAACUGGCACUUUCAAAACACACCUGAAAGGAAAGCCUUCCAGCUGGAUUCCUCCUCACCUACACACACCAGCACUCCUUUUAAACAAGGCUAUGUGCAGCUGAUGUCUGAGUGCAGUGGCAGCAUUAAGAGUGUGAAAAGGGUUUCUAUGAUCCUGGAUGAUGAGGAACAGCAGGAGGAACAGGGCCUCACUGGCCUGAACACUGCAGACAAACAGUCAGGAGUGAUUGAGCGCUGGGAGCUGCUGCAGGCUCAAGCAGUGAGUAAAGAGCAGUGCAGCUCCAGAGACCCCCAGCAGCUGACCUCUGACCUGCACGACAUCACUUCCUGGCUGGAUCGUGUCAUCCCUGAGCUGGACAGACUGCAGAAGCCUGAGACAGCUGUCAGUGUUGUGAUCUUAGAAGAGAGGGUCAAACAACUUAAAGAAAUGCAGAAGACAUUUGCUCGCUAUAAGACCAUGAUGCUGUCUCUGAACCUGGGUGGGCGAGAGCUGCAGCAGGGGGCUACAGGAGGAGCACCUGAGCUUCAAGAGGGCAUGCGCAGCAUGAAUUGCCGCUGGACAGAAGCUUGUGAGGGACUAGAGGGAUGGGAGGACAGUCUACGCACUACCCUAGGACGCUGUCAGGAGUUCCACGAGAUGGUCCACUCUCAACUGCUAUGGCUGGCCCAUGCAGAGAGCAGACGCUACACAGUGAACAUGAACGACCCUUCUGUGCAGUCCACCAUGCUUCAGGAACACAAAAACACCCUAAAGGAUCUGGCAGAGGAGCUGCAGGGCAGGCAGAAGCAAGUGAGCUCCCUGCAGGAGAUCGUCUCCGAGUUGCUCCCUGAGGCUGGUGGGGAAGACAGUACUGAAGCCAGGGAAAAACUCCAUGUCAUUGGAAGCAAACUACGACUACUGUCACGACAAGUCGACCAGGAUCUCCAGACGAUUGAGGAGAGAUUGGAGUCCAACGCUGAAGCUUCAGGAGACAUGAAAUCUGCACAACACUCUCGGACAAAGCGUGAGCCGUCACCUCAGCGUUCCUUCUUCUAUCGGGUUCUGCGAGCGGCUUUCCCUCUGCAUCUCUUGUUCCUCCUGCUGUUAGUUCUGGCCUGCUUGGUCCCGCUUUCUGAAGACGACUACAGUUGCACCUUUUCCAACAAUUUCGCCCGCUCUUUCCACCCCAUGUUACGCUACACCAACGGUCCUCCUCCCACAUGAGUUCUCACAGUCAAUCAACAGAGCCACUUUCAUGACCCUUGACUGGAACAUGCGAAGCACCUCACUUUUGUCCAAGCAAUAUUUUAAUGGUUGUAUUUAUAUAAUUGAUUUUAUACUAUUUAUUCCCCUUUGAGAGCCAUACUGAGUUGGAUGUGAUCUAAUUUUUGUCCCUUUUUUUGUCACAAUGCUGUAAAGAAAAAUGUCAAUCAUUGUAUGAGCUUGAAUGUAAAUCACUGACCACUUUUUGAAAUAUUUUUAGAUUUAUGCACUCAUUAAAGUUUGAAUCUGAAAAAGAUUAACUUCAGCCACAGUUUGUGGUGAUAUAAUGGAUGGCUGCUAUUUAGAGAUUGUGGUCUUGUUUUUAAAUUUUAUAUGGUAUGAAUUAAAACUUCAUAUUUCCAAAGCCCAAAACAAAAACACAUUUAGAAAUGCACAUGAAAACAUUUUAAUACACCUCUGUGUAAAUAAGACACAGUUACAUAUGCACUGAAAG